AGAGAGACCUACCGUUUGGUUGGUGGUAGGAAGCACAGCGGAUCAUAUCUCCAACAAAAGAGCAGAGGUGGCCCCCAUAUAAAAUUGUCUUUGCGGACACAAAACUGAGAAUUGAGAUCACGAACAAAAUCCUCAAAACCCCAAAAACAAAAAAAAACUUAAUUAAAAAAAAAAAAAAAAAUUGGGUGAAGGAAGAAGACGACGAUGAAUUCUGUGUUCUCCAUCGAUGAUAUCUCCGAUUCUUAUUGGUCUACGUCUCCGGCCAUGAAUCGGAGCGCUUCUGAGUGGGCCUUAGAGCGCUUUCUCGAGGAGUUUUCUACUCCGACCACCGCUACUUUGAAUCAUCGACCGCAUCCGAUGACCGCUCCCACUUCUUCGCCUUCUUUGCUUUCUCAAUCGUCCAGUUCCAAGUUUCCGGAAGCCGAUGAUGAGGUCGUCGAAAUUAAGAAGCCUGAAAAUCAUCGCCAUCAUCUUCCUUCCUCCGAUGCUUCGUCCACGGUUACUAUGCUCCCUGGGGAUUCCGAUUCGUACCGUGAAUUUCUGAAAAAUCAACUUGAUUUGGCUUGCGCUGCUGUUGCUCUCACUCGCGAAUCAUUGGCUGUGAAGCCUGGGGAUUCUAUUAAUUUAUCUCAGAGUCACUUGCCGGCGUCGGGGACUUCACAAUUGGGAUCUGGAGCUCACGAUGAAGGUAGGGGUCAUGGUCUCUCAACGGCACGGGUUGAUAUUGAUGAUGGACCAAACGUUAUUCCAGCAUUACCUCCUAUACAAAAGAAAUUAGGACCUCAAAGUAGGCAAACAACUAGUGGAUCAUCAAAGGAGGACUCAGAUGAUGAUGAUCUUGAUGGAGAUAUGGAUAACCUGGACAACUUGGAUCCUUCUGAUACAAAACGUGCUAGGAGGAUGCUGUCUAAUCGAGAGUCAGCUAGACGUUCAAGAAGAAGAAAACAAGCACAAAUGAGUGAACUUGAAACACAGGUUGGUCAACUAAGGGUUGAGCACUCUACACUUUUAAAGCGUCUUUCUGAUGUGAACCACAAGUAUGAUAAUGCUGCUGUUGACAACAGAAUCUUAAAAGCUGAUAUCGAGACAUUGAGAGCUAAGGUGAAGAUGGCGGAAGAGACAGUUAAGAGAGUGACAGGACUCAAUCCACUGCUUCUAGCUGCGUCCAAUGGCUCGUGCACAGGCUUACCCUCCAUGAAUGGUCCAAUGGAUGCAUCUACUAACGCUGCUGUUGCAAUGCAACGGAACCAAAACCAGAUGUUUCACCAAGCAGUCCCAGGUAUCAACGCUCCCAUUCCACACCAUCAGAGAUUAGAUGGAAGAGGCGGAGGUGGAGGCUACCAUGGUAACACCUCAAUGUCUCUUGUUGGGAACCCAAGGAACGAUGUUGCUCCACAGAAUGAUGUCGGGGGAAACAAAUUAGGUGAGAUGCCUUCGAUUCAGCAUUCGGGUAGAGUUGGAAACUUGCCGAAGCAUCUCAGUCAAGGAACAAAUUCAUCAGCAGCAGCAGCGGCUGAGGCGUUGCCCAGUUGGGGAGGUGAUGUUGCCAAAAAUAACAAGCAGAACCGUAUUUAGUGGUUCGUAUCCCAUUUUAGAUAUGGGGCCUAGAAACAAACUUACUCAUUUGAAUAAGAUAAUGGAUUCAGAAUUAUGCUUUC